CUCUCACCUCGUCCUUAGAUCCUCUGGAACAUCGCAGGUAGACGCUGUCUCGCCUGGAUCUGGCUCCCAUCAUCGGUUCGAAAUCUUCCAGAGACUGCCUCACUGCCACUGCACGCACUCUAUUCACAAGGCUUCUUCUUACACCUGCGCUCUGCAAAAAUUACCAAACUCGUGGUGCUUCGGACCACCUAACCGUCAACUCUGCAUGAGACCUGACUGAAGAAUUCGCUCCUAUCAUUGCCUGCGAUCGAUAUUCCGUUUACGAGGACUUUCCGUGACACAAUGGAUUCGUAUGAUUCUUACGGAUCACCCGGAAGGAGCCGCGAGGGAGGGGAUUCCUACAUGUCUAGAGCUUCGAUGGAUUCAUACAGACGCAGGUCGCCUGUAUCUCAAGAUCGCCGACGUGGGCGUGGGCGCUCUCGCUCUCCAGUAAUGAUCGAUCGAUAUGAACCUUCGGACCGCAGACCUUCAAGAGAUGAUUAUUACGCUGCGUCGCGCGAACACACUGCUCGAGAACGUGAAGACCGUCGUCGCCCUCCUUCGCCAAUCGCCGCGAACAUCGAUCGCUAUGUGCCUGGACAAGACGGAGGAAAGCGACCACUUCCUACAAACCCCCUGCCGAAUCCCUUGAACCUUGACUUCCAAGUUGGCUUCAAUUGGUUUGCUGAAUGGUGGCGGGGCGAGCAAGCAGUCAAAGAGGAGAAGGAACGUGCAAAACAUGGUGGGCGUCGCCCAUCCGAUCGUGUCAAGGGAGAACGCGAGGCGCGCGAAGACCGUGAUCGGGAAAGAGCUCAGAUACAGGCAGCCUACGAUACUUACAAGGUGGAUCUUCAGAUAAAAAUGGCGAGGACAUUUGUGCAGCAACACAAGAAUGAGGAAUGGUUCAAAGAGCGCUACGUUUCUGAAGUGCGAGAUCCACUUCGCCGGAAGGUCAUGGACUUUCGCGUGAGCGCUUACCAGCAAUGGGAGCGCGAUCUCGAACAAGGCCUUUUUGACGACUUUACUCUGGAGGGUAUAUAUAAGAGUGAGAGCGACGGUGCAGGAGGCGUGAUUGAAAAGGAGGAAGGCGAGACGACUGCUGUGGGUGAGACGUUGGGUGUUUUGGAUCUGCUUCCGGCCAGGGGCGGCGACCUUCGCGACGAAGCUUUGUCUCAACCUGCUUUGCUCAUCAAGACAUUAGCACCAAAUGUAAGCCGCCACAGCAUUGAGGGGUUUUGCAAGGAGCAUCUUGGCGAGCACAUGUUUCAAUGGCUCAGCCUGAGCGACCCAAACCCGUCGAAAAAGUACCAUCGAAUGGGGUGGAUAAUGCUACACCCUGCAUCUGAAGUCACCGUCGUUGAAAGAGGCGAUGGAAGAGAAGAAGAGGGCGAGGAGAUGGACCACGAUAAUCUCACCAAUGGACCAGGAACACUUGCUGAAAAAGCCCUCGAGGCCGUCAACGACAAGACGAUUCAUGGUCCAGAGCAAGGGGAUUUUGUCUGUCAUGUGGGCGUUCACGCCCCGCCGUCUCAGCUCCGAAAGAAGGCACUCUGGGACCUCUUCUCUUCUCCUGAACGCAUUGAGCGUGACUUGGAGCUGGCUAGGAGGCUCGUCUCCAAGCUUGACUCUGAACUGGGUCACAGUGCUGACGGCUUUACCAAGGUCGAAGACCGGGUAGAAGUGCUGCGCGGCAAGGGCUGGCUGCAGACACCGGUUACUGGACCUGUGAACGUGAGGAGGAGGAAGCCAGAUUUCGACACUGACGAUAUCGACGAAGGUGAAGCGGAAGAGGGCGAGGAACUAGAAGAAGGUUGGGCAGAAGAUGAAGCCGACGAUGAAGAGCUCCUGGCGCAAAAGAAGAAGCUCGAUUUGAUGGUGGAAUACCUUCGCCGGGUGUAUAAUUUCUGCUUCUUCUGCGUUUUCGAGUGCGACUCGGUUCAUGAACUUACUCGAAAAUGCCCCGGGGGCCAUCUACGCCGUCCCCGAACUGGGCUGACCACUCAGGCAAAGGCUGUGGCCAGAGCCAGUGCCCUCGGACAGCCGUUCCCCGUUAAAAAAAAGGAUCCUAGCGAAGAAGGCGAGGAGCAAACCUCUCCUCCGACAGAGAAGCGGUCCCAGAGAUUUGCUUCCAAGUCAGAACAGCAGCUGCAGCGUGCGUUCAACUGGGUCAAGACAUUUGAAGAUAAACUCCUUCAACUCCUCGAGCCGGAGAAUGUGGACAUCAUCAAGCUUGGUGGGAAGCCGGUUGACGAGGCCCUCGAGGAAGAAUUGGCGAAAUAUCUGAAGCAGGAGGAUGAGUCCAAGUUCCGCUGCAAGGUACCGGAAUGCACAAAGUUGUUCAAGGCGGAACACUUUUGGCGUAAGCACGUUGAGAAGCGCCACACGGAGUGGUACGAGCGUGUCAAGAAUGAUCUCUCCUUGGUGAAUGCAUAUGUGCUUGAUCCCGCCCGCAUCGCUCCGUCGCGGUCCGACGCCAAUAGCAACGGCCACUUUCCUCUCAGCUCUGGACAAAACCAGACCGGCACCCCUCGCGGAUUCAGCCUGGCAGCAAUGCCUGCUGCCUACUUCGGCAACAACCCCAAUAUCCCUCCUGGCUUCCAGGGACCCCCAGGGGGGUUACCUGGCUUCACGGCUGCUUGGGCUGGCAAUGGCAUGACGGGCGACCCUGCUGGCUUGCACCAGCCGGGCGUUAUGCGCCGCGGCGGCGGCCGCUUCAACAAUCGAUCGGGCCCCUAUGACCGACGUGGAAAUCGGCAUGGAGGCCAGGGCGCUGGCCGCCUUAGUCCGGCUCGUGGCAUGUUCAACAUGCACGGGUCUGGUGGCCGCCUCCCAGCGACGACGGGCGCUCCUUAUAUCCCUUCCGGGCAUCCUGCUGCCGCUGCUUUCUCUGGAGCCGGAGGCUUCCCCGACGCCAUGGGCUCUGGCGCGGGCCCGGCAAUGGGACCACGCGAAGCUGUCCAGGGCCGCAGCCUCAAGAGCUACGAGGAUCUAGACGCAGUUGGCGGCGCUGGAAGCGGCGAGCUAAACUACUGAUCCUUGCUGCUUUGCAAACUGCCUUGUAGCUUUCUCUAAUCGGCGUCUCUCGGCAAGCUUUUGGGAUCAGCAUCAUUCUUUUCAAGCAUUCGGGGUCAGCAUCAUUCUUUUCCCUAUUUACUGUAACUUCCUCAUCAUUUCAACUUUACACUCUGCAACUUUUCCUUUCAGAGUCUUCCCAUACUCUGUAUUGUUUUUCUUCUUCCUUUGGCUCUCCCCUACCGCGCCAUGAUGCAAAGCGAAGCAAUUCCCUUGUCUUGCUGUAACCAUAUCUUUCCUCUCUUUUUUCUUCUCUUCUCGCCUUUUCUUCGAUCUUUGUUCCAAAAUCUGGCCGUCUCAUCUGGGCACUACACAUACUACACCACCUGAGUUGAAUGUAACAUAGUUUCCAAUCUCUGCUAGGAACCAAGUGACGCCUUUGUGAACCGGGUUUUACAAGUCUAUACACUAAAUACUACCAUCUGCGUCGCUGUACAGGGGUAUGGAUAUAUCCUGGCACUUUUUUUUUUCUUGAUUUAUUGGAACAACCCUGUUGAGCCUUGUAUUUGACCAAUAUCUCCCUCGGCGGGGUGUUAUAUGCGAGCGAGACAUCAGUGGGAGAAUCGCACGUUCCUCUUGAGACCACGUCUAACAAUGGUAGGAGCGGCUGUCGUAAUUUCACUGGCUGACUCGUCGCGGGUCGAUCGCUCUUUCCUUGCCAUUCUCCCAACAAUUUACCCAUACAGUAUGUGGCGAGUACGUGACUGAGGUGGGUCGCCCGCAGCAGCAGUUUUGGGUUUUUAGGUUUGCUUUUCCAGCUACGAAAGGAGCGAGGAACCAUCGCAGUUUCCCUAUUCUAUAAACGCUGGAGGUUCUGCGGCAUAAAGUACUUUGUAUAUUGAAUCCAAAGGAAUCGGAAGCUUGACCGGUUACUAAUAGAAGGGAGAUGCAUCUACGGCAUCUGAAUGACAACAAUAUCACGAGCAUCGCGCCACUGGGCGCCCAUCUUGCGAAUUCGCCGUUCGCUGGCGAGAAAGAGGAGGAGGUAUAUAUGGCAAGCAAUCUCGCCCCAGGCGUAGACUUUUACUGCGAGUUGUUGAGUGAUAUUGUUUGUCAUCAAUUGUGAGGUCUCUCCCUCAGGUGUUUCUUGCGGGACCGGGGUUCGAGAAGAUGGAGUCUCAUCUUCGGCGAUGCACCAUACACCCCAUCCUGCUCGGCCUUCUUUCGCAAUGAAAUCGGAGAGAAAAGUCCAAAAGUUGUGGAAAAAAGUCGUGUCCCAGCUUACGGGAUUAGGUGCUGUGGGUUUCUCCGGACCAUUCGAGGCGAUGUUGAUGCGGAGACACCAGUAUCCACGCUCAAGAUUGUCGAGGUCUCUGGUUUGGUUCGUGGGAUUGUAAGAUCGAGGUGAUUUGAGACGCUUGGUUAGCAUCUCUAGGGUUGGUGUGAUGUGGGUUAUGAAGGGGGAUGAGGCUAUUGGGGGAGGAGGUGGUUUGAUCUCCAAGGGAAGACAAGACAAGUCAAGCCACUGCUUUUGUUCUAGCUUUUCCGGCGGUAGGGUAGACUGCUUCGAUUCAUCACCCUCUUGCUCGUCUUGAGUCGUAGUAUUGUGGCUGGCAGUUGCUAUACUAGCAGUUGCUGCCGUCUCCGGACGCUGUAUCUCACCGCGCAAAGAACGAGGCGGAGAGCCCAGUCGAGGUCGUUUCGAAAGGAGAAAAGGUGUCAAGUGCAGGCUUUCAGCUAUAAAUUCUGGUUGUUGUGGUUGGGAGUCCGGAAUCACACUGACGGGGCUACCGAGCGAGUCCUUCUGGGAAGCAGGUCGUUUUGCGGCCUGGACAGGAACGCAAGGCGGCGAACUAAUGGACCCAUUAUUCGUAUCCAGAUGCGGUGAUGCGCUCGAGUGCAAAAGCGAAGAUGCAAGAUGAGAUGGUGUCUCGUCUGCUCUGAGUGUGAUGAGCUCACGUGAGUGAGACUGGAAGUUCAAAAUAGCUUCCACUUGCGCACGAUAGCGGGCGUCGUCAACGACGCCACUGGGCGCUGAGAUGUGGACGAGGAUUUCUGAUUUGUCCAUGCGCUGCAUUAUUCAUGUUAGUUUGGUGAUCAUUUCGCAAAGCAUGAAGAAGGCUGGGGGGAUGGAGACGGAUGCGUCUGGAUCCAGGAACAGAAGAAACUGGUGUGGGGGCGUGACUUCCAGAUGGGGCAACUCCGUGCCUUACUCCAUAGGCUGGGAUCGCCAGCAAUAGUCGCAGGCCGAUUAAAGUCAACGCGCGAUCAACUCAAGGCCUCGAACUUGCAAGUUGGCCGCUCUGCCAGGAUUUCAAUCCAAGCUAUCACGAAUCAUGAAUCGCUCUGAAGACUAGUACUCUGAAGGUUGGAGCAGCAAAUGCAUGUGCUCGGCUCUUCCCGGCGCAAUCAUAACAUGAUUCAUUCUUGGCUCAUCCAAGGCGAAGCUAAUGAGGUUAUGCUUCCUCCGGAGUAGUUCGUUCGAGAUCUGCCCUCGCAUUUGAUUUGGAAUACUUUUCCUUGCGAUGGCGACGAUCACCCGAAGACUCUCCACUCUGCUCAUGCCUUCAUCUCCGGUAUGUAAUUGGCGUCCGACUCGUGGAACGUGAAUCAGUGGCUGGAACGGCGUGCGGAACUUCGGAU